UGUUUUUGGUACGAAAAUCGUGUUGAGCAACCUGUAAAAUGUUUUUUCAAUCUCAAAUUUUUAAAUUAUGUUUUUUUAUGCAUUUAAUAAAUCUAGGUGAAAACUUAUCAAGGUUAAUUUAUAUUGCGCCACCCAACAAAAUAAAUACAACUUUUAUAAAAAGGACUCCCAAAAAAUGUUCACCAUUAAAAGGUAGUAACAAUUGUGGCCUGGUAUAUGAGGCUAAAUGGCCUGCCAACAUUUUUUAACAAAAAAGUUGAAAUGACGCUCCUGGUCAGUUAUCGUCUAUACUUGUCCCAACUAUGCUAUACUGUUCUUUUUAAGCUUUAACACGUGUAAAUAAAGAUUUUUUAGUUUGUAAAGACCUUUUUACUCAUCACUUUGAAAAAAUGUGGACCUCCCUUGAAAAUUUAUAUCUAUGCCCCUGGGGAGUGCAAUCAAAUUUUGUUAUAGAAAUUUCAUAGGAUGAAUAUUCGGCGAGCACCUAGCGACAAAAAUAUUUCCGGAACAUAAAAUUUUAAAAUGUGGGGUAAUCGGAAAAUACUUAUAAAAUAGUUGAUGGCGCAAUUAUUUCAAAGUUUCCUCUCUACGGGAAAUAUACAAACAAACAAAAUAACAAACUAGAUCGAUCGCCUGAUAAGUCAUCGUGUCCAAUCACAGUCGUCAUAUAUACAUAUAUUUAUAUUCAUUUUAUGUUAUAUUAGUUCUUACAUAGAAUAAUCAGAACGGACCAAAAAUUUUGUUUAAAAAUUUUAAAGAACUAAAUAUUUUCAGUGUUGUGUAAGGUUUUUAAAAACUCAUAAUCAAAGUUUGGACAUGGAUGCUUAAAAAUAUUGGUUGAUUAUCUUUUAUAUUCAUGAACGAAAUGAAGAAGAAUAUAACAAAUAUUUUCCAAGAAUGUAUAAUGUCUGUUAUACCUAGGAACAUAAUUCGAAACUCUGUCACAUUCAGAAAAUAUGUAUUGUGUGUAAAUAAUAUCCAAAUUCCAAUACCAGAAAAAAUUUAUAUGGUUGGAUUUGGUAAAGCUGUAUUAAGUAUGGCUUUAGAGAUGGAAAAAAUUCUAGAUGGUCAUUUAAAAAAAGCUGUAUUAAGUGUACCUUUUGGGACUCGUGUAACUGUGAAAGAUUCUGUAAUUUCUGUGCUUGAAGGUGCCGAAAAUAAUAUACCUGAUCAAAAUGCAGUUAAUAAUACUAAUGAUAUUAAGAAUUUUGUUAAAAGUUUAAAUCCUAAUGAUGUUUUAAUAGUUCUAAUCUCAGGGGGAGGAUCAGCUUUAUUGUCUUCACCAACAGUUCCACUUUCAGAUAAAAUUUGUGCAAUAAAUUUAUUGGGAUCUUGUGGGGCAUCAAUAAAUCAAUUGAAUUCUGUCAGAAAAGCUUUAUCAAAUGUUAAAGGUGGGAGAUUUAUCAAAUUUGUCAAUAAUGCUACUGUUGUUUCAUUAAUUUUAUCAGACAUAAUUGGAGAUCCAAUGAAUGCUAUUGCCAGUGGACCAACUGUUCUUAAUGAAGAUAGUAAUGAAGUGCCACUUAAAAUAAUAAAAAAUUUAAAUGUUAUAGAUAAAUUACCAAAAACUGUACUUGAUGCUAUAUUAAAAAAUAAAAUAGAUACUGAUAUAGAUUUUACAAAAGUUCACAAUAUAAUUGUUGGUAAUAAUAAAAUUGCACUAAAUACAGGAGUCAAUAAGACAACUCAGUAUGUUUCUGUAUUACUUUCUGAUUCUAUACAAGGUAAUAUUAAAGAAGUGUCCAAACUUUACUCAAAUCUUAUCAAAUUUAUUUGCAAAUUGUACCUAAAUGAUGAAGAUGUAAAUUUGAAAAAAUUACUCCUUAAAAACAUUUUAACUUUAAAUUGUGAAAUAAAUCUUGAUGAUUUGUUGAAUAAAGUAAAAAAAGCAUCACAAAAAGGUUGUGGGUUGUGUUUGUUUGGUGGUGGGGAAACUACAGUAAUUUUAAAAGGAAAUGGCAUUGGAGGGAGAAAUCAAGAGUUGGCUUUAAGAACAUCAAUAGAUUUAGAUGAAAUUAAUGAAAAUAAUUUUGAUAUAAUGUUCUUUAGUGGAGGAACAGAUGGAAUUGAUGGUCCAACUGAUGCCUGUGGUGCUUUUGGAUACCCAAAUUUACUGAAAAAAGCUGUAACUGAAGGUCUAGACCCGUUGAUGUACAUUAUAAACAAUGAUAGUUAUACAUUUUAUUCUAAAUUCAAUAAUGGUUUAGACCUCUUGAAAAUUGGUCACACCGGCACAAAUGUAAUGGAUUUACAAAUUAUUAUCAUUGAUCCAAAAAUAAAGUCGAAUAAAUAAUUUAA